CAUUCUGUAGGGGAGCCAAGGAAGUCAGUUGCAAAAGAAAAAUCUAUCAAACCAAACUAACAAACAGAGCAAUGUCCCACUGCUGCUGAGCUCAAGUCGGCGUGAGCUCUGCAGAAUUAUUCAGAAUCAAAAGAAAGAAGUGAGACUCCUUGAGAUUCUGUUAUUAACUACAGAAGGGGAGGCAUCCACUCUGGGCCUCCAGUGCUGCAUCCACCCUGUCAGUUGAUAGCAAAGUGUGAUAGUUCUUCCUGGACAUUUACAGGUCUGAUGGUGCAAAAGGAGAGAAAGAACGGGAUGGUCUGUUCUGACAAUCUAUGGCCCCACCCCUUUGAUCGGGGGGGGGGUGCAUGAGGGAGUUGUCCUGCGAUCUCCUCCGUUUUCUGGGAAGUGUUUAUCCCUUUUGGGGAACGCCCACGACUGUUUCCGAAGCAGAGACUUUGCUACAAUUUAAAGUUUUCAAGCCCGGCUUUGAUUCCAGCUGCAGGUGACAUCUGGAAAUAUGCAGCUCCCUCUCAUCCUCUGCCUCUUGGCCACAAGUGUAGCUCUGGGGGUUUCUUUGUCUUGUGAACAUUGCCAUGGCUUUGGGAAUACCUGCAAUGGAACUUGGCAGAAUUGUCCUUCUGAGCAACAUUCCUGUGGUAUCGUGCAGGCAGCAGGCACAGGGGUGCUGCAGAUGAAGGGUGUUUUCAAGACAUGCGUCCAAUCAAGAAACUGCGAUCAACCCCUCAAUUCUUUUAAUUUGGGCAAGAUAGGACAAAUAUUGACCCGAACGACCUGCUGUGAGGGACUCGGGUGCCAGAAGACCCCUCCUGCCUUGCCGCCCAUAAACAACACACCCAAUGGGAAGAAGUGCCCAUCUUGCUACGUUUUUCACAGUCUUAAGUGUGAGGAGGAGAUGGCUGACUGCACUGGAGACCAGAUCCACUGCAUAGAAGUUGCUGGAACUGCAAACAUGGGAGGAACGUCUGCAGAGGUGCUUAUGAAGGGCUGUACAAACGUUUUGUGUAACAGUACACAGGAUGGCAUGUCAUUUGGUGGGAUCAGCGUUAUCACAACCGCAAUUUGUACACCAGCAAAUGGGGCCGCCAGCUCUAUUCCCGGAUCGUUCGAACUCGUCCUUCAAGCCUUUGUGGGACUUCUCCUUCUGAAGGUUCUUGGAUGACUUCUCCCGAACCCACCUCCAAACGGAGAUUCAGGGAACCUGCUUGAACAAUUAGCAAUUGCUUGCGGACUGUUAUGUUACGUACAAACCAUACAUUUUGCAGCUUGCAGUUAUUCUGUGCUGUCAAGGCUUCUGGUGGCUGCCGUUGCUGGAGAGGUGGAGGAUCUUGAGUGAUGACCCCUUGCUCUGGUUAAGACGAAGAAGGGUCUGGUGUGCUUACCAGCAAAUGUAUGUGUGAGCUGGCUGUGGUGCUGGGUUGCUGAUGCUGCAGCCAGGAACUUGAGGAAUGAGCGGCCAUGCGCAGCCUGGACUAGGGUUGCCAAUCUCCAAGUGGGGCAUGGCGUUCUGGAAUUCCAACUGAUCUCCAGAGAUCAGUUCCCAUGGAGAGAAUGGCUGCUUUGGAGGGUGGGUUCCUAUGACAUCACAUCCCUGCUGAGAUCCCUCCCCUUCCCAAACUCCAUCCUCCACAGGCUCCAUUCCUGAAUUUCCAGGAAUUUCCUAACCCACCAAGGUUCCACUGAGCAAUCUAUAUUAAUAGCAUUUGAUGGGCCUCUCUCCCAUAACUUUGCCUACAGUCACCUUAGGAAGCAGAUAUCAUUAUAUCUUGUGGCAGUGAGUUCCAGAAGCUAAUUAUGUUCUGUGUGAAGAAGUGCUUGCUUUUGUUUGUCCCAUUAGCUUCACCGAACAGCACUUUUAGGAGAAGUUCUCUCUAUCCAUGUUCUCCAUAUACUGUCCAUAAUUGUGUAAUGUUCUGUCAGGUCCAGGCUUACCUAUCUUCUUUCUAAAUUAAACAGCCGCAUACUCCUCUUCAUAGGAAAGGUGCUGCCAUCUGUGCCUCGUUUUGGCUGCCCCCUUUGGCAUCUAGAUUAACUCUGUGAUAUCUUUUUUGAGAUGGAAAGUGUGUGAACAAAAGGUUUUUAUAACAUUCAUAAAGCUGAAUGAUGAUAUGGAGGUGAAUCUCUUAUCUCCUAUACCCACCUGAAACAAAUUGCCUUCCUUAGCUAGAUAUAGUUUUCAGAUAGGUAGCCAAGUUGGUCUGUAGUCAAAGCACAAAACCCAGCAUCUUAUUUAUUUAUUUAAUUUAUUUAUUUCAAAUUUCUAUUCUGCCCUCCCUGUGAGUGGGCUUAGGGCGGAUAACAACAUAUUAAAAUACAAAAUACAAUAAAAACAACAUAUUAAAAUACAAUAAAAAUCCAUACACAUUUAAAACAGGAUGGUGGACAGCCUUCACAGGAAGGAUUAAGAUUUUAUACACCCUUUCUCCCCCGCCCCGGCCGGCGGAACAACUCUGUCUUGCAGGCCCAGCGGAAGGUAGGUCCUGCCGGGCCCUGAUUUCAGCAGACAAAGCGUUCCACCAGGUGGGAGCCAGGACCAAAAAGGCCCUGGCUCUAGUUGAGGCUAGGUGGGCCUCCUUGGGGCCAGGGACCACCAACAGCUGUUUGUCCCCUGAUCGGAGUGUCCUCCGGGGAAUAUAUGGGGAGAGACGGUCCCAUAGAUAUGCUGGUCCCAGUCCACACAGCGCCUUAUAGGUCAAUACUAGAACCUUGAAUCUAAUCUGGUACUCCACUGGCAACCAAUGCAGCUUGUGUAAGAAUGGUGUUAUAUGUGCCUUAUUUGGCACUCUCGUAAUAACACACGUCGCUGCAUUUUGUACUAGCUGUAAUCUCUAGGUCAGGCUCAAGGGCAGCCCCGCAUAGAGCGAGUUACAGUAAUCUAGCCUAGAGAUGACCAACUCAGUUUCCAUGCUAUGAGCUUUCAAGAGUCAAAGCUACCCUUGUCAGAGUGUUAAAUCCUUUUGAAAUUCUUGUGGCCAGAAGGAGGUUUACAGUACAGGUACUGUACAGGUAUCUCUCUAGACCUGUACAUGUAAUUCUCUAGACCUGUACAAGUUUUUUUCCAUUUUACUUGUAGCAUGAUUUUUUAAAAAGACCCCGAUGAUUCCUAGAGAAAAGUACAGCUGGACUAUUAUGUUUGUUCAUAUAAUCUGAGGAUAUUUUCACAAUUGACUUAUGAUGACCCCAGCAAAGGGCUUUCAAAGCAAGUGAGCAGUUGCCUUCCUCUGCAGCAGGGCUCAUUUCCAGAGGGAAUGCACAGGAACACAGUUCCGGCAGUUCCCCCAACAGUCAGGUGGCCCCACUCACCUGACUUUUGGAUAUUUUGGGCCGUUUAGGCCUCGAUUGGGGCCGAAACGGCCCGAAUUGGGGCCGAAACAGCCCAGAUCAUGUUGGUACCAGGUGGGGGAACCCUCCCCUGCUUGGCACCAACCAUUUGGGCCUGUUUUGGCCAAGAUUGGGGCCAAAAUGGCCCAGAUCUGGGUGGUAGUGGGCAGGGGAAUGCUCCCCUGCCAAGCACUGACCCAGUCCCAGUCGUUUCGGCCACGAACUGUGCCCAUUUCCGCCAAAACCACCAGGAUUGGGUUGGUGCCUGGUGGGGGACCCCUCCCCUGCCCAGCACCAACCCAAUCUUGGCUGUUUUGGGCCCAGUUCAGGCUAAAACGUGCCCAAAAUGGCCAUUUUGAACCAUUUUGGGCCCGUUUCGGCCUGGAUUGGGGCCAAAACGGCCCUGAUCAGGCCACUGCCAGGUGGGGAAAGACUUCCCCAUCUGGCAGCAGCUGAAUCCUGGCCAUUUUGGCUUGAUCAAGGGUCAUGGCAUAUGCUAAUGGUUUAUGCUAAUGAGUUCCUGCAGCUCUUUUUCUAGAAAAUGACCCCUGCUCUGCAGUAUCUUCCUUGGUCGUCCCUCAUCCAAGUAACUCUGCUUAGCUUCUGAGAUUUGGUGAGAUCAGGCUAUACCAUACUGCCUUCUCUCCCCUCAAGGUAUACUGAUUUAAAAAUACAGAAACUUGUGCAAAUACCAGCAGGGGAUAUAUGUUAAGCAGCAGUUCUCAGAUUUCUGCUCCGCUUUGGUGACAGAUUUAUGUAAUCAUACUUUGAAAGAAUGCUUUCUAUAUUUUGAAGAAUCUAUUCCUAUCAUGUAUCUCCAUUGUAGAAUGUCUUAAUUUGAUCAAAAGACACACCAGCUGAAGAUGGAUAUAAAGCAGCAGUUUCUAAUUUU